GCGACACACGACAAGGAGGGGAUAUCAGAAGGGGGGUAGGAACCCGAGUGAUAAGCCGGACGGUCGACGUAUCAUUGAUCUCAGUUGUUUUGCAGCGAGCGGUCACAUCGGAGACCACGUGCGGAGCCCACAGACGAGAACCCACUAAGCUAACACAGGACUAGCCCCCCAGUCUCUUGCCGAACAUCAUGCAGGACGGACAUCAUCAUCAUCUGUAAAAGAAGCAUACUUACAGCGCCGAAAAAUCAUGAAGCGGUGCCACUUAGUUUCUAUACCUAAUGCCGUUUUGUGUUUUCUCCUUCUGAUUUCUACUAAACAACUAUCUGCUCUUAAUGUGGAGGACGAACUAGAGACGAGCACGGUGGAUAAGAGGAGCGACAACGGAGAAUGGACAACAUGCUCUAGGACCUGUGACGGUGGAGUUAGUGUACAGAUUAAAAAUUGCACAAGUAAAGGAGGAUGCCAGGGAGAAUCAGUUAGAUACCGCAUCUGCAAUAUGCAGCCUUGUAAGAAGGGGGACGACUUUCGAGCAACGCAGUGUUCUGCAUACAACAAUAUACCAUAUCGUAAAAAGCUGUACAAUUGGAAACCAUAUUAUGACUCUGAAAAACCUUGUAGCCUCACCUGUCAAGCUGAGAGUUAUAAUUUUGUUAUCACAUUGGCAUCAAAAGUUAUAGAUGGCACAAGAUGUCGAGAUGGUUCCCUAGAUAUGUGCGUGUCGGGAGUUUGUAUGGUAAGUUUUAACAACAUUUUAAAAUAAAAAUUACUCGAAAUUACGUAUAUUUUGAACGAUGUUUCUAUUGUGUAUCAAUUAA